AAACUACUGCAGACAAUGGAUUCCUGAUUGCUCCUGAGGAAAUGUUAAAUGUAUUUGAUUAUUUGAAAUGUUCUUUAAUGACAAGUCCAGGUUUGGGCCUCCCUGACUACAAACUCACGUUCCACGUAUAUGCUCAACAAAAUUGUAAAACCAUGGCGGGUGUGCUGACAUAGUAUCACGGAGGCAAGUUACGUCCUUGUGCUUUUUUCUCAAAGGUGGUUCUGGCAUCCGUCCAAGGAAUGCCGGCCUGUCUGAGAUCUCUUGCAGCCUGUGCUAUGAUUGCUGAGCUUGCAACGCCACUCACAAUAGGACAUGAGACUAUCCUGUACACCACACAUGAUGUACUAGGCCUUCUUAAAGGCAUGCACACACAGCACAUGUCUGCACAAAGACUAUCUGGAUGGGAGAUUCUACUCCUCAGCAAUCCCUCCCUCCAAAUAUGCAACACACACCUUAGGUCCAGCACCUAUCUUGAAUACCCUAUUAGGACUUAAAGGACCUGAGGAUCACUUGACAGAGGCACAUGAUUGUAUACACGCCAUACAACAUGACACAGAUAUUGUCCUAGGAGCCAGACCCAUCACAUACCAAUCUUCACAAGCAGCAGAAUUGCACUCACAAGAGCAUGCAUACUACAUGAAGGCAAGCUAGUCACCAUUUACACUGACAGCAGGUACGCACAUGAAGUGGUCUGGGACCACGGGGUCAUUUGGCAAAGGAGAUGAUUCAUUGCAGCUGAUGGAACCAACUCACCCAUUCCAAGUGGGAGAUAUCGUGAUUAUAAAGAAAUUAAAGAAAGGAAAAUUUUCAGGAGACUUCCCCUACGGACCACCGACUACAGUGGUAGCCGCAACCCGCACAGCAGUACUCACGGAAGAAGCACCUACUUGGAUCCACGCCACCAGAGUGAAACUGGUAAAGGAGGCACCCCAAAAGGAGGUACUAACGGGAGCAGACAGCUCUGACCUCGAAGAAGGACAAAGUAAGGUAGUAACGGGAGCAGACAGCUCUGACCUUGAAAAAGGACAAAGUGAGGUACUAACGGGAGCAGACAGCUCUGACCUCCACCAGGAUGCACUCCCUCAAUUCUGGAAGAUGGCACAGAUGGUCCACUUGGACUGUGGGAUUACUGACGAUCCUAAUGACUCUGCCGGAGGAUAACAAAGAUGAAGUUGAUAUAACGCAGAAAGGUGGAACCACUACCUUCUGGUACAUUUCCUCCAGUGCUCACGUUGCAACUUAUUCCUUCUGUUUAUGCAGCAUAAUGAAGUGCAGUCCUUCCACGAGAUACUGCAACCACUAUAAGAAUGGACAUACCCUCAGAAACAAACAAACCCCCUCAAACCUCGUAUCUUAACUUUUAACAAUAUGAGAACAAUAUCUGACCCAACAUAUGAAGAGGCUCUUGCAGCAGAAACUGGGUUCUCUGAUGCCAACCUAUGGUUAGAAUGGAUGAAGUACAGCGCUGCUUCAGUAAAUAAAAGUAAUUGUUAUAUAUGUGGGACAGCUAAGCCUCACCUAGGUACUGUGCCCUUAAUAUUGCCCUCUAGUGUUGAGGAAUGUUUUUUGCAAUUAUUCUCAAAUUUAUCUAGUAACCAGUCUGCAUGUGAAGAAUGGAAGCAAAAAUACCCACUCCUCAUAAAAGCUCUCCACCCUGGUGCAGGUAUACAUAUCUAUCCUGGUAACUAUACCUGCCACAGAGGGGGAGAUCAAGGAAGAUCCCUGGGUAAUUUCACUGAAGUAUACUGUGCAACUUACAGUGAAACAGAUACCUCCCUCACACAGAAUCAAGUAUACUCGAUUGGAGAUGUAUAUUGGAUCUGUGGGGAUGGAAAGAUAAGAUCUAGACUAGAGGGUUCCUGGAAAGGAGAAUGCGCCCUUGCUAAAGCCAUCAUGAACAUACACAUCUUCACUGAAAAUCAAAAAGACACCAACAUACAUAUACGCAACCGUCGUGCCCUCCCAAAAGGUAGCUUCGACCCACACGUAUAUAUUGAUGCAAUCGGGGUCCCAAGAGGGGUCCCUGAUGAAUUCAAGGCCAGAGGUCAGGUGGCAGCAGGAUUUGAAUCCAUAAUUCCCCACAUAACAAUCAACAAAAAUGUAGACUGGAUCAACUAUAUUUACUAUAAUCCACAAAGGUUUGUAAACUACGCCAGGGAUGCAUUACAGGGUGUAGCAGAACAGUUACAGGCAGAUUCCAUUAUGACAUUUCAAAUCCGCAUGGUACUCGAUAUGAUACUUGCAGAAAGAGGCGGUGUCUGUAUGGUAUUGACGGACCCCUCAUCCUGCUGCACGUUCAUACCCAACAACACCGGCCCUAAUGGUAAGGUCACACUGGCAAUAAAGAAACUCGAGGAUUUAUCAAUCGAGCUAAAAAAAAACUCAGGUAUCAAUAACCCAUGGGAUCAGUAUUUUGGCUGGUUCACUACCUGGAAACAGGCACUUGUACAGUUGGGAAUCAUUAUCCUGAUAAUUAUUAUAGUAAUAGCAGUAGUAGCAACAUGUAUCAUACCAUGUGUACGGAAACUGAUAAUGAAAGGAAUAUCAAAUAUGUAAUUUUAUGAAACUAUGCUGCCUAAUCCUGAAGACAACUCACAUGAAGGAUAUAGAAAAUAUCUGGUGGUAUACAGGGAAAAGGGCAAGGGUAAGAACCAUAUUAUCUAAGAAAUUUGGUUCUAAAGAGGGGAUU